AAGCGACACGGUCAGUUCAUCCUGAAGACCCCUCAGACCAGGAGGUCCCCGUCAGAUGUCUCCUGUCCGUCUCAGCCCAUGUCCAUCAUCAGCCUCUCUGGGGACACGCCCCCCAUCUGCCCCGCCCCCAGACGCAGCCAUCCCCCGAAAAAACGUCAACCCAAAGACAUCCCUGUUCAGAUCUUCUCUGCACCACCUCCCUCUGCACCACCCCCUCCUCCACCACCUCCUCCUCCUCCCCCUCUCCCCCCGGCCAUACCGCCGCCUCCUGCUCAAGCUCCGCCUUCUCCCGAGGACACACCCAAGCCCCUCAGCGAAAAGCAGGACCCUCAGUUUCCAGCCAAGAACACGCUCAAACAGAAUCUAGGGACGAUGGACGAAGUGCUGGCCUCGCUGCAGCGUGGACAGACUCGGCUCAGAAAGGUCUCUGCUGCCAAAACGCCUUCGGCCGAGGACGCCAGGAGUGACCUGAUGACCGCCAUCCGACAGGGCGUCACCCUGAAGAAG